GGUUUUAACAGAGGCGCAGUCUGUGUAGGAACAGAGAAAAGUGUUUUUAGGCAAAGAUAAAGGGGGAAAACAGAAGAGUGAAGUGGUGAGGAGGUUUGAAGUGGUCUGAAUUGGUACACGAUGUUUCGUUCGUGCUGUCCUGCGCGCUUCAAACCUGUGUGGAGCUCCUGGAGUGGGCACAACUGGUGUCCUCUUAUAUCCACAGCUGCGACCAGUUAGGUUUGAGCAUCAGGUGACCGUUUCAGACAAUAAUCCCACUUCUUCCUCUUUUUCUCUGGGCUACACUUGGAGCGGAGAGAGUGGACGCACCUAAACAAGUAUGAGCGAAGCAUCCGCGCCCUGACGCGCUCCGGUGAGCGCAUGUUGGACCGGUGAGAGUGUGGACUAGUAUGAAGCGCCAUGGGUUGGUGUGACCGCGGGGUUCAAACGCUGCUGGCCACCGUGGGGGCUUUCGCUGCCUUCAGCCUGAUGACCAUCGCCAUCGGCACGGACUACUGGCUCUAUUCGCGCGCGUACAUCUGCAACAGCACCAAUACCACCACAGACGAGACCCAGCCGCAGCCCAAAACCAAGAAGGGAGAUCUCACUCACUCCGGGCUGUGGAGAAUCUGCUGUAUUGAAGGAAUCAAUCAAGGCAGCUGUUACAGGAUAAACCAUUUCCCUGAUGACAACGACUACGACACAGACAGCUCUGAAUACCUGCUGCGUAUAGUUCGUGCCUCCAGUGUGUUCCCCAUCCUCAGCACCAUCCUGUUGAUGCUCGGUGGGCUGUGCGUCGGGGUUGGUCGAGUCUACAACAAGACAAACAAUGUCCUCCUCAGCGCGGGCAUUCUCUUUGUAGCUGCAGGUUUGAGCAACAUAAUUGGCAUCAUCGUCUACAUCUCCAGCAACGCAGGAGACCCCAGCGAUAAACGUGACGAUGACAAGAAGUACACGUACUCCUAUGGAUGGUCAUUCUAUUUUGGUGCCCUCUCCUUCAUUGUGGCUGAAACUGUGGCUGUCCUCGCCAUCAACAUCUACAUUGAAAAAAACAAGGAAGUCCGGUGGAAGGCUCGGCGCGAGUUCAUCCGUUCACUCUCUUCCUCUUCCCCUUACUCAAGGAUACCGAGCUUCCGCUACCGCCGGCGGACGUCGCACGCCAGCUCUCAUUCGACAGAGGCAUCGCGGGAGAACUCACCUGUGGUUGGUCUGAAGGGGGCACAAUCCUCCAGUGGGCCCCUGGAUGAGUUGUCCAUGUACGCCCUGGCGAGGGACAGUGUGACGGAGAAUACAUACAGCCCCGAACACGAGGAGGCUGCAGAGUUCCUCCAGGUCCAUAACUGUUUCCCCAAUGAUUUAAAGGACGGGGUGAAUCGCAGAACCACACCAGUGUGAGAGGCAUGUUGCUUGGCUUGAGUUUCACCUGGAAGUAAGAACAGGAAAUGAUGAAAAUCAGUCAGCCAAUCAGUUGGAGUGCUUGUGUUAGCCUUCAAACUUAGAAGCGCAGUUUUUGGGGAGACUGUCCAUUUUUGAAAGGACCUGAAGAGAAGACAGGACAUUCAGCUAGACAGAAGCCAAUUAACAGAACCUGAAAACCAUUUAUCUGCUUUUAGAGAUCAUCAGAGCAGAGUUAUAUUGUCUGUGCAGUAGCUGAAUCAAAAUUGAUGUUAUCUUUCAACUGUCGAAAAGCUUAAAUGAGCCUUGUGUGUUGCAACCCGUUCUCACUCCCAGGGCAUCAAAUACGGCAGCUUGGUCAGUGGCAUCUUAGCGUCUGGUAUUGACACACAAGGCACCCUCUUGCAUCUGUAUGAGACACAUUGGGCUUUCAUAUGCCUCUAGUGUAAAUCCAUUGGCAAUGGCGUAUAAAGAGUAAGAAAGUCUGUGUUGGUUGGGAGUGAGGGGUGGCCGAAGGGUUAAAAAAGUAAAGGACUUUCACCCAGGAGACCACAGUUCAUGUCCAGUGUGGAACAAUGACUUUAUAUCAAGAUGGACAACACUACUCUACUUCCUCCCAUUGUACAUAAAUGAAGCCAACAUAGAGGCAGAUACAGGCGCUGCCAUCUUGCACUGUUGACGUCAUUUGGAGCCAAAGUCUGUGAAGUAGCUAUCGGGAAAUGGAGCUACCGCUAUCGAGGUCUUGCCCAUCCACCCAUCCGACCCGAUCAAUCAUGUCAAUCUUGACGUCAAACCCCGUUUUUAUAGAAUCAAAUAACUAACUGAAACCAAACUUAUCAGAAAAAUGAACACUUGAACAUCAGCUUGAUAAGAAUGACCUAAAGUUACAGAAAACAUCUUUGAGAAUUUUUAUUUUUUUAUUUUUUAUUUUGACCUAUACUUUGAUUUUAGCCCAUGUCCCAUCUGCUAACAUGGAGGGGGCGAGGUUUAUGACCUAUACUGCAGCCAGCCACCAGGAGGCGAUGGAGAUGUUUUGGCUUCACUUCUGGGGAGCUGUCAUCCUGUCCGUCUUUUUAAACGGUCUGUGGUGUGAAACCAAAAGUCAACAUUGAGUUUUUUUAAUUACGUUUACCUAGAGCAACUUAGUUUGAAGCGUAGGGCCACUGACCAACCUGCCGUACCUGAGAAGUUGAGAGUGAGAAUGCGCUGGUGGAUCACAACCCUUAUUUGUGUAACAGUCACUAAACAUUGUGGGUGUGACGUGUUGAGUUGUGUCAAUCAGCAGUAUUCUACCUGUAAAUUAUUCAACAAGGUGCUAAAUGAAAUGUGCUCUUUAACUUGAAAAUGUUUCCUUUGUGUGUGCAGUUGCUAUAAAGUGUGGACCCUUCUCCAAAGUGUGUAUUGUGUCCUCAUAACCAGUCUGGUCUUGCCUUAUACUCGAAUAUUUUUGAAAGAGACAACAGGGGCUCUCUCUGCCUCUCUUAGCACUGUCCUUUAGAAUAAUGUAUGGCCUUUUGAACAAAAUCAAAUUAUAAAUAUUCUAAACUUUUUUUCAGUAUGGUUUGGGAGUCAGUGUCGACAAAUGUCUGAGAAUGUACUGAAUGUUUAGUAUUUUACCAGAUUGUACAUGUCAGUCCUCCAAACAGUAUGAAAGGUUUUGUCUCCUUCGCUGUCUCUUCCUCAAUCCUAUUCUUCUCUGACAUUUGUCAGUCGAACAAAUGUCCGUUUUGUCAGUGGAGCACCUCCGUUCAGUGGCCCCUUUUUAUUCACUUCCAUAUCAGUCCGCCAUCCUUCCGCCAUCCCCCCCCCCCCCCCCCCCCCCCCCCCCCCCCAAUGGAUGUGACAUUGUGUAUGUGCCUGUCACAAGAGAAGAGCAGCUGACAGAAAGGGGGUGCCCAGAACUGUGACAAUGGCACAGGUCAGGACUUCCUUUUGCUCUGAAUGAAAACAUCCAGAGUGUUUAAUGGAUAAGGAUCAGAGCCAGGCGGAGAAUGUCUGUCACACCGCCUGUGAGUCCAUCUGGCUGCCUUCAGCCCCCCUUCUCCCAUCCCAUGUUGAACAGAGGACCCAGACAGGAGCAGAGGGAGCUGUCUGCAACCGCGUCCCUGAAGGAUUUGGCUCUAAUAUCCAGACGUGUGUGUGUACUGUCGUCCUGCACGUCCUUCACUGCUCUUUCUUUUAGUUCUCUCAGGAAAUACUGUUUUGUUGUGGCAGGUUGGACACUUUUGAGGUCCUCUCCCUACUUUGUGGCAGUGCUGGGAGAUGGACCAGUGAUAAAGAUAAACCUGGUGAAAAUGAUCUGAGAAAAAAAGCCACUACUGUAUUUAGUAAAUGCUGUGAGUGUUUGCUUGAGCUUGCUCCAAGAACCAGCUGGGGUGGGCUUUAUUUUUCAGUCUUAGGGCUAUUGAGUUGGUUCUGGUUUGGUAAGUGAGCUCACUCAACCACAAAGUCGUAUUUGAUUGUAUUUAGUGUUUGAUAUGCCAUUAAAGAAACCAUGUCAUACGCCAGGCUGAGCUCAUGUAAAUGAAAGCCAUCAGUUUGAUCCAUGAGUGUAGAUCUUACACUUUUAUAUUACAGUUUGGGAAAGAAAAUCCAGAUGUGUUUGUUUGUAAUGUAAAUCUGUAAAGUUGUAAAUAAAAACAAAAUUAAAAAAAAGAAAAGAAAGAUUGAAUGUGCAGCAGAGGAUUGCAAGUAUUACUUUACAGAGCAGUGUCUCAAUAGUCAUGGUCAUACAGUUCAAUUUACCAUUUUAUAUUCAGGUAAACACACUGGUUUUGCUGGUAUCAGUCAAAAAAGUUCAACUAUCAAGUAUUCUGUUUUGUAAGUACGUUUAUGAGACUUUAUUUUCUCUGCCGUGUGUGCAGCUGUACUUUACUGUAUGUGCUUGUAUUGAUUUAUGGCUUACUAUUGUUGUGAAAUAGGCACAUUUUCACAUUUUUUUUUACAUUUGUAAAUUGGUUGAGCUGCGUAGUAAAAAAAAAUUAUAGUGAAAGAAACUUAGGCACCUCUCCUAGUGUAUCAAAAAGUAAUUUAUUUUCCAUUUUACAGUUUGUUUCAAAACCAAACAUACCAGAAUAAUUUGUGAUAACUGUUGUUAGCAUAAUUUAAUGGUUUGAUAUUGGACUGUAGAGUGCCUUUGUUUCAUUUAUUUCCUGCUUUUUUUUCUCCACCAAUCAAAAAAAUAUUUCAUCUGAAUUUACUUUGGUUGUUUUGUUUUCUUUUUUUCCAUUAGGCUCUCACUUUUUACUUACAACCCAAAACAUACUGUACAUAGACAAAUAAACU